CCAGACUUUCUUUUGAUCGCCUGGAUAGAAUUAAUUUUACAACUCGAAGAUGCCACCACGCCUGCGUCUUUCACAUACAUUGCGACAGCCCUCGGUCUUGUCGGUUCGCGUCAGGGUCACAAGAUAUAGCACCAGUGCGGAUGAUGCAGUGAUACAGUCCCAGCAGAUCCCCGCGCCCGGCUCCGGAAACAUUCGAGUCCUGCUGCUGAACCGACCGAAAGCCAGAAACGCAAUUUCCAAGAAUCUUUUGGACGGCCUGGCUAAGCAUGUCCAGUCCAUAUCCGCGGAGGGAGGCACCGGUCCUACACGGGCCUUGGUCAUUGCUAGUAAUGUCGAUUCGGCCUUUUGUGCGGGUGCAGAUUUGAAAGAGCGAGUAAAUAUGACCAAGCAAGAAACAAAUGAAUUCUUGUCCAAGCUGCGUGGUACGUUCCGUGAUCUUGCUGGGCUACCCGUACCCACAAUUUCUGCUGUGUCUUCUAUGGCGCUGGGAGGUGGGCUAGAACUCGCCCUAUCUACGCAUCUACGUGUCUUUGGCUCCUCCAGCAUUGUUGGAUUGCCCGAGACCAGACUAGCUAUUAUCCCUGGGGCGGGAGGCACAUACCGCCUACCGGGGAUUGUUGGGGUGAACCGCGCCCGAGACCUCAUCCUAACGGGGCGACGUGUGUCGGGCCCCGAAUCAUACUUUAUGGGGCUCUGCGAUCGGCUCGUUGAGAUAUUACCUGAGGAGGAGCAAAAGGAGGGCGCUGCGCGUGAGAAAGUGCUACGGGAGAGUAUCAAACUAGCCAUGGAUAUCUGCGAAGGUGGACCCAUCGCUAUCAAGCAGGCACUUCAGGCCGUGAAUGACUUCCAGAAAGGUGAGGUGGCAGAGAAUGAGGCUUAUGAUGGCGUGGUUGAGACGGAAGAUCGCUUUGAGGCUUUGCGGGCGUUCGCAGAAAAGAGGAAGCCUGCUUUCCGGGGGCGAUGAAUGUGUCAAGUGCCCAUGUGGUAAAUGUGUGAAAAAAAAAAAAAGCAAUGUUACUCGUUACCUGAGCUCGAGUGAAGCUGUCUUGUUGCAUUUGGAAAAUAUUUGUACUCGUCAUAGAUCUGAA